UCCUGUAGUCUCUGAGGAGAUGGACACCUCUUCUUCUUCUGGACGAUCUCCGUCUCCUACUGGGACUGUCUUCUUACCCCCUCCUAUCAUGUGGAACAGUCUCUACAAGCAGGCAGAGAUGGAGGCUCAGUUCCUGAGAGAAGAGAAGAAGACCUGUACAGAGAAGGAAGCCCACAUGCUUGAGUUGAGGGGGAAGGAUCGAACGAUCCAAAAUCAGAAGAAGGAGAUGGACAGACUUCAAGUGUGCCUCUGGGAGGAGGAAAAGAAGAAGAGGAAUGGUGGAACGGAGAAGGACGAGAUGAUUGAACAACUACAGUCUGAGACAGACCAUCUCAGAGCCCUUUUGAAAGAUGAAAGGAGGAGAAGAAGAGUAGAAAGGGGUAUAAUGAAAGAGUGGAAGGCUGAGAUCCUGAGACUGAGGGAGGCAGAGAGCCAGAGGGAAGCAGAGAGACAGAGGGAGGCAGAGAGCCAGAGGGAAGCAGAGAGACACAGGGAGGCAGAGAGACAGAGGGAGGCAGAGAGACAGAGGGAGGCAGAGAGCCAGAGGGAGGCAGAGAGACAGAGGGAAGCAGAGAGAAAGAGGGAGGCAGAGAGAGCCACAGAAUGGGAGGAGAACCAGGGGAAAAUGCAGGAGAUCAACAGACUAAAACAACUGCUGGAGCUGCUGAUGGUGGACCUUCAACUGGCCCACGUAAGACAUGUCAUUGUUAUUAUUAAAAGGCAGUGUAUAUUCACCCGGCUGAAAAUGAAUGGCGGCAGUAUGCUAACCCAAUGUUAACUUUUAUGCCUUUCCUAAACGUUAACCCUUACCUUAACCUCACUGAAACUAUACCUAACCUUUACCAUAACCCAACCCUAGGUCCUAAACCUAACCUUCAUUUAUCUCAACCCCUACGCCUUUCUUCUGCCGGUUGAAUAUCCACUUCCUUAUUAACGUCAUUACUGUUGUUGUUGUUGACAACUGUAUCUGUGCAGGUUGUAAAUAAUUGCAUUAGUGAAACAUCAUUUGUAGGAGUAAUUUCUACAAGCAUAAACAUCAGAGGCAACAUUGUUGUAACAUCACACAAAUUGCAAUGGGAAUUUCUCAAACCCCUAACUGGAUGGGCAAGCUAGUUGUGUGUUUGUAUUUGUACACAUUUUGGACAUAAUUGAUUCCAUAAAAUGUCUCAUAAUUUUUUCAAACCAUGUCAAUACAUUAAUUGACAAUGAAUUGUCCAGAUGAAUUGAUCAAAAUGACUCUGCUAUUGAUGUUGUCCAGUGUUUGAUUCAAUUACCUAGGUCUAAGUUGUAUUUCUAUGUAUCAUUCUCUGCAAAUGCUUUGAAAGUAUGUCUUGGUCAAAGAUUAUCACUAAUUUAACCUUUUCAAAUUAAGCAAGAGAUAGAGAGAUUGAGGAUCAGGCAGAAAGUCAUGGAGGAUCAGCGACCAAGACUGGCCUGGAACAACAAACCUAUUGAGACAGAAAGAGAGAGGGAAAGAGAGAAAGAAAGGGAGAGAA